AUGCCUAUCUCUGAGCCACUCACCCCGUCGUUCGGGCAUUUGUCGACGAAACUCCUUCAGCCGCCUGUGCCGUACUCUGCGAUGUGGAGAUUCACCGCGAAAUCUCACACUGCUCCGCGCCCAACACCGGUAGUGCGAGGCUGCUGCAUCAACAAUGAAAGUGACAGGACAGAGAGAAGGAAACUGCGUCCAAUUGACCGAUGCCUAAAGCAUCCCCCUUUGCCCGGCAAAGACGGAUACGACACGGUCACCUUAGAGGUCAUCGACCGCUUGAAAGGAGGCGAUGGCCAUAAUUCUCAGGUAUUUACAUUCCGACUACUAGACUUUGCGUCAAAAUCACAACUCCUUCCUCAGAAAGGGACAGUGCUUGUUGCCAAAAUAUACGACCCACUCUACUUCGAAGAUGAUGAGGGCCACCUCAACCCAUUCCUCUGUGUGGACAAAUACUACACUCAUGAGGCCAAUGCAUACAUGGCCCUUAGCGAAUUUCAAGGUCAAGGGAUACCGAGAUACUACGGUUGA